UAUUUUGCAGUUCUUACCAGUGCAGAAAACCACAAAAUAAAAAAAACGAAUUCGAAACAGAGAACAGACACAGCGGCUGUAAUAAAAUCAACCAAAAAGCACAGAAAUCAGCCAAUUUUUCACUUCCUGUCCUCGUUCACUUUUGGUAUCCCAAAAACUUUCGCGUGACUGACAGAAAACAUUCUGUACACUCCCAACAGUCUGAAGUUAGAGCAGAAGCAGACUUAGGAAGAUCAGGUUUUGGAUUUUGGGUAUUUUCUAGAAUAUCAAUCAAAAUGGCUACUGCUAGAGUUAUAGCUACUAGUAUGUUGCAUGAAUGCAACACUCACAGUGCUUUUUUUCUAAGACGAUCCUCUUUCAUCUUACCUAUUAAACAUCAAAAUAUCAAUUUCAGUAGAAGAGCUUCAUCCAAAAGAGCCUUUACUUGCAAAUCUGUUUACAAACCUGAAAUCCAGAUCAAACCAGAAGGUCAACCUGAAACCCUAGAUUACAGAGUCUUCUUCCAAGAUAAUUCUGGCAAAAAGCUUUCACCUUGGCAUGAUGUACCAUUGCAAUUGGGUGAUGGAGUGUUCAAUUCCAUCGUGGAAAUACCAAAAGAGACUAGUGCAAAGAUGGAAGUUGCGACUGAUGAGCCAUACACUCCCAUUAAACAGGAUACCAAGAAGGGGAAACUUAGAUUCUACCCCUUCAACAUCAAUUGGAACUAUGGAUUGCUCCCACAGACUUGGGAGGACCCAACAGUAGCUAAUUCAGAAGUUGACGGGGCAUUUGGAGAUAAUGAUCCAGUUGAAGUUGUUGAAAUUGGGGAUAGGCAAGGAAAAAUUGGCGAGAUUCUUAAAGUCAAGCCUUUAGGUGCUCUGGCUAUGAUCGACGAGGGAGAACUUGACUGGAAAAUUGUUGCUAUUUCGUUGGAUGACCCAAGAGCUUCACUCGUCAAUGAUGUUAGUGAUGUUGAGAAACAUUUCCCGGGCACUCUAACUGCUAUAAGAGAUUGGUUCAGAGACUACAAGAUCCCAGAUGGAAAGCCUGCCAAUAAGUUUGGACUUGGGAACAAAGCAGCCAACAAGGAUUAUGCUCUGAAGGUCAUAACUGAGACCAAUGAAGCUUGGGCUAAACUUGUCAAGAGAACCGUUCCUGCUGGAGAGCUCUCCCUUCUGUAAAUUUUGAUUUCUAAAAGUUUGAAGAUAAGAGGCACCAUUACCCACUUCCACCCCCUCUCCAUUAUUUUCUUUCUUGCAGAAUUCAAACAAGCUUCCUCCAAUUUUUUGGGCGUCUGAAUGAAUGAUAAUUUCUAAUUUAUUGAGCUUCAUUUUUCAGAGAUA